CCUGCUCUUUUGGAUAAAUCGAAUCUUCGCAGGCAGUGGAGCAAAAUUAUUCUUGUCCUUGGCGAAGAUGAAAUUGAAAAACAUCUCGAGCGCGCACGGAAGCUAAAUACGUUCCUAUACCUUAUCGAACAAAAUAAGCCGACAGCUCCUGGAGGUCGUGUAUCGCAAAGAAGUACAGUGCACUAUAAACAAAUACAAGGACAUGCCAUCGAGCUCUACGAGAUAUUCUAA